CGCUAUAUAAACAAGUCUGCAGUCCAAGUCACUGCACAGUGCACAAUUCAAUCCUCUCGAGAAAUGCAGCGCCUCAUCCUCUGUUGUGUUUUGCUUAGCUUGGCGCUGUGCCAAGCCAGCUACAUACCUGCCACGCCUCCUUUGAGCCACCAGUUUGUGCUACGCAACUACAAUGGCUACUAUGUGCCACCAGCUUGGCCAACAGUUGCAACAUAUCCCAGCUAUGUUUACGGCUACUAUCCCUAUAACUAUAACUACAACUAUAACAACUAUGGCUAUGGCUAUGGCUACAAAAGUGUUUGGUGAUUAUAAUUGUGAUAUUUUUAAUAUACAAAAGCAUUAAUAUGCUAAAGCAGCUUACAAACAAAAUAAAUUGUU